AUGCACUUCCCUACUGCUGCUAUCGUUGCUGCUUUGGCCACCUUGGCGCCUCUUGCUAGUGCUGUUGGGAAUGCUAAAGUUGUCAACAAAUGCGGCUUCCCUGUCUAUCUUUGGUCCGUUGGAGGCUCAGUUGGCCCUGCGAAAACCAUCAAAGCAGGCGGUACUUAUUCCGAGGUCCUGCACCAUGACCCGGCUUCUGGAGGAAUUGCCAUCAAACUCACCACCGUUCAAAAUGGACUUUAUAAUGGAAGCCCUCAGACAAACUUUGCCUACACCUUGGAUGGCCAGAACGUCUGGUAUGAUCUUUCCGACGUCUUUGGCGACCCAUUUUCCGGUCACGCUAUCGGUGUCAAAACUUCGCUGAGCUGCCCGAAAAUUUGCUGGCCCAAGGGCGUUGCCACGAGCGGCGCCAGUCAAACCAAAGUCUGCGGUGCAAAUUCCGAUGUUACCCUCACUCUUUGCUCUGGUACCUGCUAG